AUGGCGAACAUGCCUCGACAUAGCCAAACUAGCCCCGGGCCUGCCAUCGCAUCCACCUGUAGACCUCUACAUACCGCCGCACAAGCAGAGUCCCCGUGGAAGGCCUCUUCCAUAGCAGCUGUCUCUGAGUCUUGCCCUGGAUCAAGAAGUGGCUACUCAGAAGAUGCCAGCAUCUUAUUGGCAUUCUUAUCCGUUCUUGUGGUCUCUGAGAAAGUUCCAUUAGAUCUUCUCUCUGGUGAGGCUGCACCUCGGAGACGCUGGAACACGCGGGGCGAAGUAGAAGAGGUAGAUGCUGUUAACGCUGGUAUUGCCCCAGAGUUCUAUAGCUUGCUCUCCAGCAGCUCAAGAUUGAGUGAUGCCUUUCAUGAGUUGGAACUGUCGUCAGCUAUUUCAAAGAACGCUGACGAGACCUACAACUUGGACGAAAUUGUUUCCCAAGCCUUGAUUAUUAUAUAUCGAGCAAUCCCCUGGAAAUAUAUCGAGUCCGUUACUCCCGCCACAGAGCUAUUCCUACCGCAUUUGAGACACGCUCUACAGACAUCUCAUGAACACUCUAUGCACAUGCCUGCAGGUGUAAGAACCGACCUUGCCCUUACGCUCCUGGAGGCAUCUCGGUUUCCCAACAUGGCGUGGAAACGUUUCAUGGUGGACCAGGCGGAACAUGCUGCGCUCGGUCUGGGGGAUCAGUACAUUCACUCUUUAAUCGCGCAAUCACGAUGUCUUCUAGAUAGAAUUUCUGGAACUAUGAACCAGGCUAGUAGUUGCCUUGACAAUAUCGGCCGGGACACGACAUCGAUGACCAUGGAUAUCAGGAUGCAUUCAGCAGCCGGCCAAGCCGCCAUUCAGCGUUCUUUGAACUGCAUCCAGACCGAAGACCUGUCUACUGCUAAGAGAUUACUGGAAGAUUGGAGACCCCUCCACAGCAUCCCAUCACCACUUGAACGUAUCGUCGAGUUUCGGAAGAACAUCAUGCUUGGAAAGAUUCUACGGUACCAAGGUGUAUUCAGAGAAUCGCUGACGUAUCUUGAGAGGGCUCAGACAUCAGCAGAGCAGGAAAAUGAUCUAAGCUUUUAUGAAGACUUUCGUGAUCUUACUUGCGAGCUUGCAGAUACGCUGCGAGAGCUCAAUCAGCCUACAUCUGGCGAACGUCACCUUCGCGCAGAAAUCACCCGCCGAGACCAAAGGGGUGUCUCUACAGGCAAAUCUCUACUACAAGUGUCUCUUGCUGAAACUCUAUUUGCGCAAGAACGCUAUAGAGAAGCUGAAAGCAUCUGCUUGGAAGUCGAGUCUCGUCCCGGUCUGUUGAAACUCGAAAGGCUACGUUUGCAUAUCACUAUGGCAAAGAUCCAUCACGUUGAGUCCAACAAUGACGGCGCAUUCCUUUAUUGGAAAGAAGCAAUGAAAGACAUUGCAAAGUUUCAAAUGACCGGCGGACGUGCAACUCGAACGAUCCUCUUAUCUAUCUGCGACAUCCUCAGAAGUCGAGGCCAAACGAAGCUGACGACUGAUUCUUUGGAUCAGGUGGCAUUACUCGAUGCUGGUGCAAAACCGGAAGCCGUUGAGUACUGGAUCGCGGGACUGCGCCAUUGGUUUCGGAAUGGUCGCCUACUUGCAUAUGUAAGCUGGCCACCUUUGACGGUAACGGAAGCUAUCCUCGAACCAGUCAUCGAAGUAUACAAUGCCAUCUGGAUCAUCGCUUUGCAUAGUACGGUGCACCAUCUCACCAAUGAGAGAAUAAUAACCGGGCGGGUGGAGGACGUGGGACGAAUCCAACUACGACACUCGACUCGAAUCUUCCGACGAAAGCUUGCUUCGGAGUAUCGUGGCUCGUCGGAACCACGGGCCUUGGAGCUAGAUUUGAUCGUCAAUAACGAAGAGACUCUGGAAGACAUGCUUAGGCGAUUCGUGAGUCCAUGUGUCAACUACGCGCUUGAGCAUCAACAGGGUCAUCCACAUCUCGGGCGUGGAAGUCGAUGUGGGUUUGAGGACAGGCUUGACUGGUCAGCGAUCUCGACUGAAUACAUGACCGAACACGGACAGUUCGCCAACAUUCUCCCGGGAGACACUAAACUCGACGCGAAGUACCGGACUAGAUACGGCUUCAUUAUGACCGAUGCCAAUAUUGUUGUUCUCAGGAUUACUCGUGAGCUUAUAGGUGAUGGCCUGGCCCAAACACGUCCGCGAAGGCAGGCCGCUGUUUUUGUUGGCCAUCAGAGACACAGUUCGGAUGCCACGAUGGGGUCAGUCGACGGCUCGAGUCCAUUUUACAGUGAUGAUAGCCCGUUGGAAUGGAGUUACCAUGAUCCCGAAUAUGCCGCCAUUCCCUGGAAUGCCCAUGGGAAAGAGGUUCUCACCAUCAAGCUAGCUCUUUGGUCUUUGAUUAUGAUGGCUACGAGUGGCGACAGGGCGAUCGGUUACUCGUAUCCCCCGUUGGAUAGCUGGCGAUACAAUGGCAAGGGAUUUGUCCAUAACACUUCAGGUGCCACCAAGGCGGAGCUGUCUCAGGAUGAUCAUCUCUUGCUAGAGCCUCAUGAUAUGGGCUGGGAGGGUGGCGCUCAUGACACACAAACUCAAGACGCCGACGAUUUGCCUCAACCGACCCGUGCUGCCGGUGAAUGCACUGUUGACCCUUCUGAAGCAUGCCAACGGGAUGAGUUGGAGGCCUCUGUUGGAGGAUCAUCUCGACAGGCCGAUCAAAGUCAAGACGAUGACGAUCAAAAGACUGAAGUCGGGUCUUCUCAUAGGCAACACAAGCGCAAGAAGGUCCGGAUCGAAAAGCAUUUAGUUGCUAGAAAACUCUAG